CACCCUUUCUGUGUUUGCUGUUGGUUUUUUAUCCAUGUUUCCGUCUAGGUGCAGUUUUUCUUCUUUCAAAGUCAGAGCAGACACAGGGCUGUGACGGGAAUCACACACGCCGGAGCGGCCGAGGAUGUGAAGCUUCUCCCGGUCAGCUGUGACCGCGGACUGUGCUGGACCAGCUGCAGGACUUUGAUGCUGCAGGACUUGGAUGCUGCAGGACUUUGAUGCUGCAGGACUUUGAUGCUGCAGGACUUUGAUGCUGGAGGACUCGGAUGCUGGACAGCAUGGAUGCUUCUGGGUUCCGCUGGAAGUUUGUGCUUCUGAGCUUUCUGCUCGUGGCUUUAGUCCAGGACAACCUGAGCUCCGUGCUGGACUGCCCCCCCACCUGUACCUGCUCCCAGAGCGAGAUCCACUGCAACAGGUCGGACGGCGGCCAGCUGUUCCCGCUGCCGUCCUACCAGGGCUCCGGGGGAGCGGGGAACAGCUCCGGCGGCGCGGACGAGCUGUUCCGCAACAUCAGCAGCAUACACAUCGAGAACUGGUCCGGUCUGCAGAUGUUGAAGGAAGUGGACACGGCGCUGUACCCUGAUUUGCAGAGGCUAACUAUAACACGGAGCGGCUUAACCUCCAUCCAGGCUCGUGUCUUCUCCAAGAACCCCUACCUGCGCUACAUAAACUUGUCCAAGAACCCACAGUUGAAAACUCUGUCCUGGCAUAUCUUUGAUCAUCUGCAGCUCUCAGAACUUCAUUUAGAAGACGUGCUCUUUACCUGUGGCUGUGAUAUCCGCUGGCUGCAGCUCUGGCAGCAGAGAGGAGAGGCGGGGCUUGACAGCCAACAGUUAUACUGCACCAGUGAGAACAGGAGCAUGCUGCUGCAGGACAUGAACAUCACCAACUGUGACAUGCCGGUCAUCACGGUCAGCCACAGCAAUCUAACGGUUGUGGAAGGUGAUCAAGUAACAGUCACCUGUAAUGGCUCUGGAGCUCCGCAGCCUGAGGUGGACUGGCCCGUCAACGGCCUGCACUCCAGCGCCGACCAGGAUAAAGUCUUUGACAGCAGCACUACUCUGUCCAUCAAAAUAACUCUGUUUAACGUGAGCAGAGACGACAACAACUAUCUACUAGCCUGCACUGCCACCAACAUGGUGGGCAUGACCAAUGCUUCUGUCCAGCUAACUGUUCACUUUCCUCCCACCAUCAUGAGUCUGAAGGAGCCAGAACGCCGCCAUGACACAUGUAUAGAGUUUACUGUUCGAGGUUCGCCCCAUCCAACACUACGGUGGUUCCACAAUGACGAGGAAAUUUUCCACAACGAGUAUUUGCGACCUGACAUUGAUAUUUACCAGGAUUAUAUUGAAGGGUGUCUAACUUUUAGAAACCCAACUGACCACAAUAACGGCAACUACACUUUGGAGGCGACCAACUACCUAGGUGCGGUCACCAGCACGGUGUACGCCCACUUCCUCGACAACCCCUUUAAUGAGUCGGAAAUCGAUUACGUUUAUGUAACUCCGACUGCGGACACUCCCAGACGUGUGGAAGAUGCCUACAGGGUGUCCAUGGCAGUCGGGCUAGCCGGAUUCGCCUGUGUGAUGCUGAUUGCCGUCUUCCUUUUCAUCAACAAGUUUGCACCUCGAUCGAAGUUCAUUAUGAAAGGUCCGGUAGCCGUGAUGAACGGUGAGGACUCUGCCAGCCCUCUUCACCACGGGAUCAUCAGCCCCUGUAUGCUAGAUAUUGGUCCAGAUUCUGUGGUGAUCGGAAUGACCAGGAUUCCCAUCAUUGAGAACCCACAGUACUUCAGAAACGGACACAUCUACAACAAACCGGCCACCUAUGUUCAACAUAUUAAACGGCGGGACAUUGUUUUGAAGAGGGAGCUUGGAGAGGGAGCCUUUGGUAAGGUUUUCUUAGCCGAAUGCUACAACCUCAGCCCCACCAAGGACAAGAUGCUGGUGGCAGUAAAGACUCUAAAGGACCCCACCCUGACAGCCAGGAAGGACUUCCAGCGUGAAGCAGAGCUGCUGACCAACCUCCAGCAUGAACACAUUGUGAAGUUCUACGGAGUUUGUGUGGAUGGAGAUCCUCUCAUCAUGGUCUUUGAGUACAUGAAGCAUGGAGAUCUGAACAAGUUUCUCAGAGCCCACGGUCCAGACGCCACCAUCCUGGUAGAUGGUCUGCCUCUUCCGACCAACGGUGAACUGGGUCUGUCCCAGAUGCUCCACAUAGCCAGUCAGAUCGCUGGUGGGAUGAUCUACCUGGCAUCUCAACACUUUGUACAUCGUGAUCUGGCCACAAGGAACUGCUUGGUGGGGAAUGGUUUUCUGGUGAAGAUUGGAGAUUUUGGAAUGUCCCGAGACAUUUACAGCACAGAUUAUUACAGGGUCGGAGGUCAUACCAUGCUGCCCAUCCGCUGGAUGCCCCCAGAAAGCAUCAUGUACAGGAAGUUCACCACAGAGAGUGAUGUGUGGAGCUUUGGAGUCAUUCUGUGGGAGAUCUUCACGUAUGGCAAGCAGCCCUGGUUCCAGCUCGCAAAUAAUGAGGUGAUAGACUGCAUCACUCAGGGCAAAGUGCUGGAGUGCCCGAGAAUCUGCUCCAAGGAAGUCCAUGACAUCAUGCUGGGCUGCUGGCAAAGGGAGCCCCAACAGCGACUCAACAUCAAGGACAUUCAGAAGAAGCUGCUCACUCUGAUGAAGGCCACACCAGUCUAUCUGGACAUACUGGGGUAGAGACUGACAGCAGACACUGGGGAUGCACUGGCCGGAUGUCUUGUAUUGAUGCUCUUUAAUCACUGGGCUUAUUGUCUUUUUUCACCUGAACUCCACUAAGAACACUUGACUGGAGUCCGCACUAUGUCAAACUGGACUUGACUGUAUAAACCUAGUUGUCCUUGUCUGUCCACACGCGCAGCAGACCAUUACAGGCAUUGACAGCAAGCACUGACAAACCCUUUUUCAGUUUAGGUCUCCACAUAUUAAAGCACAUGCCCACCUGUCAGGUAAACUCUAUUUGUUGAAAUGAAUGCCAAUAUUUAAUGAAGAGUGAAAGAACGAAUGAACAAUGAAAAGUGAAAGAAUGAAAGUACGACAGAGCAGCUCAGUCACGUGACUAAAAGAUCCAGUUUUAUCUUUCAGAAAUAAUAAUAUUCUUCUCUUUCCCUGUAGAACUUUUUUUCCUCUAUUUAAAAUCAUAAGUGCAUUUCCUGGUUUGUGAGGAACACGCCCAGAUGGUAGACACAGCCGGCCCUAAUCUGGGCCACUUCUGGCACUUGUGACUCCGUUACAGCGCUGGCCAGUGCUAUGUGGGCCAGAUUUGUCCCAAAGUGAACUGGACCAGACCUGGUUUGGCAUAUGUUGUAUGAGCCAGAUGUUGGCCUAGAUUCAAUACACUAGUUGACAUUAGAUAUGGCAAGUGUUGUGAAGGCCAGGUGUCUCCCAGAGGCCCAGAAGAAAUGAGGUGGACCAUUUCUGGCAGCUACAGGCACCUUGAGUCAAUGCCGUUAGACAAAGCCAAAGAAAACUUCAGACGUGGGCCAAGUCUGGGCCAAACAUUAUGUGCUGUCUGUGAUGUUGAUCGUGUAUGAAGUGCUGAACUGUACCGUCUUCGGUAUUUUAUUGGAGUUUGGUUGUUUGGUUUAGGUAUCUGCUUUUCUAAACCUAACCAAGUGGCUUUACAUUAUAUACAUAAGCAAAGAAACAUUUUUAAAAAGACAAAAGACACAACAUUAGACGCACAUGUUUACACACACUGACAAGGAGAAGAGGGCAGGUAUCCUGGAGGACUUGAACUUGGUUCUCCAAGGUUUCAACAAACCAGCUGACCUGCUUUUUAGUUGACUGUCGACUCCUUCAUUUACCAUGGUGGUAAAAAAGAAGGACCUGGUGAUGGGAUCAUGACAAGGAUACACAAGGCAUAGACCUUCUUAUGCCGUCUAAUGUUUGGAGCUAAAGACACAAUUCUACCCAUACCGAGGUUCAAGUCUUCAAGUCACAGCUCAGCCGUACGCUGUAGUUCAGAGACCACAAAGAACAGAAAAGAAUCCUCCUGACACCACCAGGAGUGUAGGUGGAUUUGUCCCCCUGUGAGGAAGCAUUUCACCAACAUCACUACUAACAUUGUCUUUGAAUCCAGAAGAAAGGCAAGCAAACGAAGGCCAAACACCAGUAUGGUAAAGGCUAAAAAAAAUGGGACACAGCAAGGAGUAAGUUAAAAACCUGGCCAAGAACAAAUGAAGAUGGAAGAGCCUUGAGGAUGCCAUGUAGGCCUUAAGAGGCAAGGAGAGGGACAAGAUGAUGGUUGCAUGGGACUGUCGUGCAUGAGUCUUUGUUACAUUUAGUAAAAAAAAAGUCUUCAUCACAUGAGGCGUGUAUUAUAUGCAUAUGAACACUGUACAUAAACCUAAGUGAAGACAAGAACAGGUCUGAAAAGAUUCAGAUACGUAAAAUGUCAAUAAAACAUACAGACCCCAGAUACAAAUGUUUAAGUUGAGAAAAUCCACUCAGGAAAGAAAUGGAGGCAACUGUGCAGUUAGGACGAUGGCAGCACAUCCACUGAAAGGUGUUUCAGUGAUGGAUCCAGACCUGCAAGUCCUCUAUUGACCACUAAGGUCUGGAUCCAGAUCCUAGUGUUCAGUAGUUGAAGUGCCAACUUCAUACUUCCCUUCCAACUCUAAAAACCAGAUACUAAAAAAGAAGAGGAAUGGAUGCCUCCAAUGACCCCCCACUUUCAUCAGACUCGAAAGUAGUAAUCACCCCUAAAAGCAGGAAGAAUUUUCCUCCAUGCAAACACUCAAAAAUACGGAGUAAUAUAUUAAAUGUUUAAAAAUUAUUUUAAUAUUUAUUUUUAAAACAUUUUGGAUUGGCUUUGAUGGGAACUUUAAGAAUAACAUUUUGGAGGAUCUUGUUUAAUGACUUCCUUUACCACAGAUGCUGAAAAAAACAUCUGCAUUCUGGUUAAAUCACUAAAAGAAUGAGAACUGAAGACAAUAAUGGCUCUACCGACAACUGACAACAGAUUUUACUUAGAUGUGAGGAGAGUGACGGUUCUUCAUUGGACAAAUGACAGUGAUGGUUCUACCAAGAAUUGAGGAGAGGUUCUCCCUAGAACGGUAGACAUAUUCUGUCUACAACUGAGGACGGGGACGGUUCUAGCGAGGACUUACGAAAGGUUCCACCAAGAACAUAAGAAAGGUUCUUUCUAUUGUAUUGUGAUUUUUAUAAUGAUGUACAUGCUGUAAAUAUCCACAUAAUUAUAUGUAAACGUUCUUUUUGUGUAGAUGAAAGUAAGUUUUAGCCCGCUGUAGGAACACACAACCUUGUGUAAAUUAGCAAUGGCUAAUUCAGAUAAUGAAUCAUCAGAUAAUGAUAAUUAAACUGUUUUAGUUUAACUUGGUUACCAGAAGAUAGUUGAGCUCAGAUGUAUGAGAUUUUACCAUUAUCUUAGCUGCUUUACUUCAGCUACCAUAGGCUGGUUAAGAAAAACUAAACUAAGGCAUUUUCGACUUAAAUUAUCCUUUUUUUCAUUUUCCACAAACUAGUGAAUCUAAGCUAAUAUUAUUAAGCUGUUUUAGUUUAACUAGCUUACAGUAGCUUACAGUAGCUUACAACAAACUAGUGAAGUUGAGCUGUGCUAACUUUGGUAUGUAGCUCAUGCUAACGUGAGAUAAUAGCUUAAUGAAUCAAUCCCUAACCCCUUAUCUAUAACCCUAACUCCAACCUCUAACCUUAACCCCUAACUUCUAACCCUAACCCCAACCUCUAACCCCUAACCCCUAACUUCUAACCCCAACCUCUAACCCGUAACCCCAACCUCUAACCCCUAACCUCUAACCCGUAACCCCAACCUCUAACGCCAACCCCUAACUUCUAACCCUAACCUCUAAUCCUAACCCCUAACCUCUAACCCUAACUUCUAACCCUAACCCAACCUCUAACCCUAACCACUAAACUCUAACCCUAACCUCUAACCCUAACCCCUAAUCUAUAACCCUUACCCCAACCUCUAACACCAACCCCUAACUUCUAACCCUAACCUCUAAUCCUAACCCAUAACCUCUAACCCUAACCCCUAACCUCUAACCCCAACCUCUAACCAUAACCCCUAAACUCUAACCCUAACCUCAACAUCUAACCCUAGCCCCUAACCUCUAACCCUAACACCAAUUUCUAACCCUAAUCCCUAACCUCUAACCCAUAACCCCUAACCUCUAACCCUAGCCCCUAACCUCUAACCCUAACACCAACUUCUAACCCUAAUCCCUAACCUCUAACCCUAACCCCAACCUCUAACCCUAACCACUAAACUCUAACCCUAACCUCAACAUCUAACCCUAGCCCCUGGCCUCUAACCCUAACACCAACUUCUAACCCUAACCUCAAACCCGUAACCCCUAACCCCUAACCCAUAACCCCAACCUCUAACCCUUAACCUCUAACCCCUAACCUCUAACCCCUAACCCCAACCUCUAACCCGUAACCCUAAGCCUACUCUGAAUCCAUCUGUAAUGUUGUACAUGUUUUACCUUCUGAUUCAUCUUCCUUCCAGAUGUAACUUUUUUUUGGAAGUAACACUUGUGAUACAAGAUUUCCAUUGUUUUUACAAAGUAGUCAACAUUUAAAACUCUUUGUGCAUUUUUUGGGUUAUUCAAUGGUAAUUUAUAAACUGAGAGACUUUUUAUUAACAUGUUCACCUGAUGUGUGUGUGUGUGUGUGUGUGUGUGUGUGUGUGUGUGUGUGUGUGUGUGUGUGUGUGUGUGUGUGUGUGUACUAGUUAUGUAUGUAAACUGUAUGUGUACUGUAUGUAAUCAAUUACUAAUAUUAGAAAUCUCAUCUACAGGUUCUGGGAUUGAUACUUUCAUUUUGUUUUAAUAGUUUUUUAAAUCUUAAUCUUAAUCCAUGGUAGUUUGCAGCUCUGCGGAACUGUAGUUCAGAAUGUUGUCUUCAUUAAAUCCUCUGAUGCUUCAAUGAUGCAAAUAUGUACCAUAUUUCCAUAUUGUUUAGGUGUGCAGUGCUCUGAACACGUAACGGUUUUAGGCUCAGUUCAACCGAUGUAACUUUAUAGUUGUUUUUUUUUUUUAUCAAAUUUUUAUUUUAUUUUCAUUCAAACAGAAAACAAACAAUGAUGCACAGGCACUGAAUAUAUUGUUACAUCCAUCCGCCCACCCCCACCCUACCCAGCCGGACACACACAUAAAAUGAAAUAAACUA